AAAAAAAACCCAACUCUAUGUAUGUUCCUAAAUCACCUUAACACAUGUACAAGGGAACCAACAUGAAAACAUCAAUGAAGUGAGAACACAAUAGUUUUCACUUUCUCUGUCACCAUAUUAAGUUGAAAUCAGGAUUAUGGCUCUUCGCUCGACUUAAUAACACAACCAUCUUAUGAUACAAAUUUAGAGAAAAUAUGAGUCGUGCAAUGUAUAGAUUUUUUUCUUUACCGUGUAAAAAGGAUUUUUCAUAAGGGAUACAAAUGGACAAAACGUGACCUCCAAAUGUGAAUCUAAGCGAGACGUGAGAGGAAGAGAUAGUGUUAUCUCCAAAAGAACGCCCAAACUAGUUUAGCUUGAGGCGAUGUGAGUGAUGAUAAUGUUCCUAUUGAUGACAUGUGAUCAUUAUAAGAAGAGAAAUAGAGAGAAAACUAAAGGUACCCCUUCAAUUGAGACAUGCUCCUUUUAUUGACUUAUGCCCAGAUUCAAAGGUCCUAUCUCUAGUUUAGUCUCGUCGAUGUUACCAUUUCUACAUAUGCAACACAUUUUGACAACAACUAUGUCGAAAGUGAGGAGAGGACGCAGUAGUUAAGCAUGAAAAUAAUGCAAAUGAGACCAAAUUAAGAGGCAGAACAAAAUAUAAUAGAUGUGUGAUGCAUCGAGGUGUUAGACAUAGAGAUCCUAGCCAUGACGACAACUUUAUCGAUGAACUCAUCUCGUCUAAACAUUGGCGGACUCUGACAAAUUAGGAGGGCCUAGGAAGAUCAUAUAUUCCAUCAACAAGGCAAAGCCCAUCUGUCCUCUCAACGAAUCAAUUAGAUCGACUCUAACUUUUACCUGUUGAUACAUGCAUCCUCUGCACAACAAGAAACCACAGGGGAAGAAGCUACAACAUCUAAUUGCUUUGAGUGCACCAAUCACCUCUAGGAUACAAUGGCAAUCCUAGAAGAAAUCAUUUACAGCCCAAACCACAAUAACCUCAACAUAGCUUUGACUUUGCACCAGAAUAAUGUCACAGGGAAAUUCCAGAAGCUGGAUAGACAAUGAGCACCAAUAAUUUUUCCCAGGACAAAGUGCCUAGAGGGAUUCGAAUGCAGCUGCUCCUAGUUUCAUCUGGAAUGAUACAUCUAUCCACAAACCAAUACUUAGACAACAAAGAAACCUAUCAGACUAGUCCAAUUGCAGCACUAAAGAUUCCUUAUUGCAACAUCACUCACAAUCACAAAGAAUCUAUCACCACAAUUCGCUGUCUCAAAUCUUAUUGAUCAUCAUCAGGUCAUAACAGACAAACAGAGGCACAUAUUAUCCUCAAACA